UUCUUUCCAACUUGAAGAUAUACAGCAAAGAAAUAGGAGAUUUUAUCUAAUUGAGAGUUGCAUCGCGAGCUAAAUUCACUCGUAUGGUGUAGUUUUACUCAGGAAAUGGAUCAAGAUGAACGGCAGCGAAAACUCGAAGCCGGACGAGCAAAGCUUGCUCACUAUCGACAGCGUCGUGCGAAAGGUGACGGUGGGGGCUCGUCGAAAAAGGCGGCGAAGAGGAAGGGCGCGGCUAACCAAAAGGCUGACGGCGCGCAGAAAGAGCGCCCCCUAGAGACGUCACAGAACUCAGCGGUGACGACGCCAGGACACGACGGACACGUCGACUCACCAGAGGACCAGAGUGACACUCAAGAGCACUCCAGAUCCUCCAGUGAAGACCACAGCAGUAGUUUGGAGCAGGAAGGCAACAGGCUGGCGGCGGAUGACUGUAGCCAGGCACAGAGCUCCCUUUUGGGGGACGGGGCAGAGGCUCACCCCCCUGAAGAACCAGGGGCCAUGGUGGUCCCACACACAGGCAAAGAGCAGCUUAAGCAGCUGCAGCGUGCGGUGGAGAAGCGCAACGAGAUCAUCUCCCAGCUGAGCAGCAACCUGCAGGGGGCACUCAAGAGCAGAGACCAGGUGCAGCAGGAGGCCCUGCAGCUCACACAGCAGAUACAGGCCCUGCAGCUGCAGCUCCAGCAGACGAAGGAGUACCUGAGGAGUAGGAGUCAGGGUAGCUGUGAGCUCAGCCAGGCUCCGCAGCACUCUGGGCAGCCAAUGUCACCACAGAGCCUCCAGGUCCAGGACCUGCUACAGCAGCAACUGAAGGAACUCCAGCAGAAAACCAAAGAACAGCAGUGCCUCUUGGCCGAGAAGGAUUCAGUGAUCUCGAACCUCCAACAGCAGCAGCUGCUGGGAGGAGCCUCGGAGUCCGUCGGCCAAAGAUCUCCUCCGCCCCCCAGCCUCAUUGACCUCAACUGCUCCCCGCUAGCCAAGAGCCUCAUUUCAUUUAGCCCGCAACAAGCCUCGCAGUCCUCUGACCAGUCGCACUCCCAGGUCGUUGAUGUGCUUCAAGCGGAGCUGGCCAAGGAGAAGGAUGCUUGCGAGGAGGCGCGGGGCCUUGCUGAGCAACUGCAGCGGCAGGUGGACAGCAUGGAGGGACACCGCCAAGGCCUGGAGACCAAGCUGGCCGAGCUGCAGUCCGAACUCAGCAGGGCUGAGAGCCACGCCACUGAGGCACAGCAGUACAAGGUGGAGAAGGACGAGCUGAACCGAGAGAUGGCCAGGUUACACUGCCAGGUGGACGAGCUCCAGAAACGCCUCCGAGACGAGGAGGAAACGUCACGCCUGCUGCGCUCCAGACACGAGUCGGACAUCUCGAACUACGACCUCCGUCUGCAGACGCUGCAGGAGGAGAGAGAGAUGGACCUGGCCCAGCUUGCCGAGAGUCACGAGACGGCUCUCAAACAACUGCAGGCCCAGCACGACGACGACGUCCAGCAGAUUAGGAACCUCCUUGAACAGGUUCAAGGACAGUGCUCCCAACUCGACCUUUCACCUCACCGCGGUGCCUCGGAGGAUUCGAUCGAACGGGUCAGCCAGAUGAAGGCCUCCAAAGAGCAGCAGAACCAGGAUCUCGCCAGCGAGGGUUCCUCAAAGCCAGAAGCCGUAACCAGCAACGGUUCCCUAAUGACAGACCUCUGUCUGGACACCUCUGUCUCUGAAGAGCCGGUGCCCCUCAUGGAGAUGUAUUUGGCCCGUGCUGAUCCGCACAACAGCUCCUGGGCGGACGAGAGCAUCGAGCAGCACAGCCUGUUGGAGACUUCCGGUCAGUUCGAGCUCAACAGCGAAAUCAUUGAGGGUGGAGAGCUGAGUGUUUUCGACGACACAGAGAACGGCGCUGCCGACCUCACUGGAGGGGCUUUGUCCUCCGUGGGAGACGCGGACAACCUCGUUACGGAGAUAGGGGAGUCAUCAACUUCCCAUGAGAUGGACCUGGGCAAGGAGUUGCUACUGCAGCAGUGUCAAGAGCUGAGCGAUCAGCUGGAGCAGCGGGACAGGCAGCUGGAGAUACUGGAGGAGGAGGUGCGGCGCUCUGCCGAGGAGGUGGCCGAGGCACGGGACCGCUGGAGCAAGGCGUCGGAGGAGCUGGAAGCACUGCAGUGGGAGCUGGAAGAGGAGAAGGAGCGGAGGAGCAAAUACGAGGAGGAGGUGAAGGAGGAGCGGGCAAAGAUGUCCAAGGCCUCAGAGAAGUUGCAGGAGGAGCUGGAGAAGAGGGGCGACGCCUCUGAGGAGCUGGCAGAAGCUCAAGCUCGUUGCAACAAAGCCUUGGAGGAGGUGAAGGAGGAGCGGGAGAGGAGGACCAAGGUCUCUCAGGAGCUGGACGAGGAGAGGCAGAAGAGGAGCAAAGCCUCAAAGGAGCUGCAGGCCCUGCAGUGUGAACUGGACAACGAACGGGAGAGGAGGACAAAGUUCGAGGAGGUGCUGAGCGAGACAGAACACGAGCAGGACAACCUGAGGAAUAAGAUCAGCUUCCUGGAGAACCUGCAGCAGGAACUGGUCCACACAAAGAACAGAACCAACUCGGAGGGCAAGACCAUCUGCCUGUCGGGAGAGGACCUGAUCCGGGAGCUGAAGGAGGAGCGGGUCCAGUUGCUGUACCAGCUCCGGCUCCAAGAGCAGCUGGUGCGAGACGUCCAGGAGAAGAAGCUGGCGGGAGACACCGUGAGCAGCGAGGUGCAGGCCAUCUUCGGGCGUCAGCUCUCCUUCCUGCACACCCAGAGAGACCAGCUGCUUGUACAGUUGGACGGCCAGCGGGAGAAAAACGAGAGUAGCUCACUGCUGCUGCAGCAGAAGAAUCAGGAGGUGGACGCUGCCCACAAGGAGCUCCAGCAGCUGGCUGUGCAGUUGCAGGAGAGCGGGGAGAAGAUUCAGGUCUUGGAGCAAGAGAAGGAAGACCUGAAGAGCAAGCUAGCGUGCCUUAAGCAGAACCUGACCAACCUGGAGGAGGCGCAGACUCACGCAGCCCUGGAGAAGGCCAGUCAGGAUCGACGAAUCCAGGCUCUGGAGGACCAGGUCCAGAGCAUGGAGAGCGUUCUGGAAUCGGAACUCGAGGACUUCCAGAACCAGCUGGAGGCCAGGUAUUCCGAGCUGGAGAAGGCAAACAGUCUUCUGGAGAAGGCAGAGGGGGAGCGCAUGGAGAAGGAGAAGGAGCUGGUUGAGGUCAGGCAGACCCUGGAGGAGCUCCGGGAACAGCACAGGGAGGAGGUGCUGCAGCUACUGCAGAAGGAGGAGAAGGCAUGCAACCAGCUGAGGAGACGGCAUGAGGAGGAGCGGGAGAUGCUGAAGGCCAGCGUCCAUACAAAGAUUGAUGAUCUCAACACUGAGAUGGAUGACCGGUUGUCUGAGCUGAGGAUCGAGUUGGAAGAAGAGCACAGGAAACAAGUCUGCAUGAUCAAACAGGUGCAUGAGCGUGAGCACCAGAGAGGCAUGUCUGCGCUGUCCGCUGAGCACCGGGACGCGCUGGACAAGCUGAGGGAGGAGCUGACUGGAGAACUGCGGGAGAGCAUGGAGGAAGCCCACCAGGCUGAGUUGCAGCAGACACAGACCCAACAGACCCUGGAGAUGGAGGCGUUGCGCCUGAGCCUGGCCAACAUGCACGCGGCGCAGCUGGAGCUGACGCAGGCCAACAUGCAGAAGGAGCGCGAGGCGGCGCUGAGCGAACUGCAGGGGGCGCUGCGGGACAAGUGGGCUCAGGAGAGCGCCAUGCUGCAGACGCGACAGCAGUUUGAACUGGAGAGACUACGGCAAGACAAGGGCACACAGGAAGAGAGGAUACAGCAGCAGCACCAGAGACAGAUGGAUGACCUGAAGGCUGAGUGGGAGAAGCGCCUGUCGGAAGAGAAGGCUUCUGCAGAACAGCUCCAGGCUAGCCAAAUACAGGACUUGAAGGCCCAGUAUGCCCUGGAGGCCGAGCGACUCCAGGGUGAGCUCCAGGCCUGUGUGCAGGAGGCCCAGAAGAGACUGGCCGAGACCCAGGCGGCACUCACCGAUGCCCAGGCAGCUCUGGCUGAGGCUCGGGGCCACGUGGAGGAGGUGGAGACCUCCAGAGAGCAGGAGGUGCAGAGGCUGGAGCAGGAGCUCACCCAGGCCUGCACGGACAGGGACAACGCUGCCCGAGCCAUCGAAGAACUGGUAGCCAGCCAUAAGGUGGUGGUGGAGGAGGAGCGCGGUCGCUGUCAACAGCUGGAGGAGACGGCCAAUCAGCUACAGCAGCAGGUGGAGAAGCUCCAGUCUGAGUGUGCGGAUGUGAAGGCCAGUUCUCAGCAGGAGGUGUCGCAGCUCUGGGCCCAGCUGGAGGCCAUGAGGAGCAGCCGACAGGAGCUCGGAGAGCUGAAGGAGCAGCUGGUGCUGCGCUCCUCUCGUGUGGAGGACAUCGAGCGGCUGAAGCAGGAGUUUUCCCAGCAGAGGAGAGACCUGCAGCAACACAACGAGUCGGAGCUGGAGAGCCUGCGGGGCUACUUUGAGCAGCGGCUACGCAACACUGAGGAGAGCCACCGCGAGGAGAUCGCCCUGUUGCAGCUGCGCCUCAUAGAGGGAGCACUGGAGGAGUCCGUCAUGAAGACGGCAGAGUCCAGUUUCUUGUCUGAGGUGAAGGCAGAUGAAGACAAGACUGACAUGCUGGCAGAAAUCACCCAACAGCUGGAGAAACACAAGGAGGAGCUGGACUCGUUGCGUGUCAGCCUAGAGGAGCGUCACGGUCGUGAGUUGGAGCUGCUGCGCUCCAGCAUGGCUCUGGCCCAGCGUGAGGAGCUGCUGCAGGUCCGCACCGACCUCACCGACCGCUACUUCGCCGAGAUCAACGAGCUCAAGAACAAACACUCGCUGGAGCUGGAGCAGCUACGCGCCCGCCUGUCAGAGAGCCACGUCAAAGAGAUCACGCGUCUGCGUCUGCAGUGUGCGCAGGAGGUGGCCAGGCAGGUGGAGGCUGAGCUGGAUCAGCGUGGUGAGGAGCUGGGCAGGGAGCAGGAGGCGCGCCUGGCGGAGCUGGAGAGGGAGGCCCACCGCCUGCUGGCUCUGGAGGCGCGCAUCGCCCAGCUCACCCAGCAACACGUCCAGGAGCUGGAGCGCCUGGCAACCUCGCAUCAGGACCAGCUGCAGCAGGCUGAGGCCAAGCUGAAAGAGGGCUUUGCGGAGCGGCUGCGUGUUGGUGUGGAGGAGGCGCGAGGAGAGGAGCAGAGGCGUCUCCAGCAGGAGGCCCAGGAGCAGCAGGCUCUACUCCGCUCCGAGCUGCAGAGCCAGUGGCAGCAGCAGAGGAAGGAGCUGGAGGAGCAGUGGGGCCAGGAGAGGGGAGCACUGGAGGAGAAGCUGCAGCAGGAGCGGGCCCGUCUGGAGGGAGAGCUGGAGGACCAGAGGGUUCGCCUGGAGGCCGAGUUGGAGCAGGAGCGCGGCCGGCUGGAGGCCCUGCAGGGCAGUCUGGAGAGGGGGGAGAACCCUCAGCUGCUGGCCAUGCGGCAGAGGCUCCAGGCCCAGCACGAGGCCCAGCUCCGCACCGCCCGCUCCACCAUGGCCACAGAGGUCAAGGAGCUCAACGCACUGCUGCUGCAGCAGAGUGAAGCGAGGCUACACGACGCCCACACCCGGUUCCAGGAGGAGAGGAGGGAGCUGGAGGAGAGGCUAGCCCAGGAGAGGGCCUCCGCUCUGGGGGAACUCCGGCAGAAACACCAGGCCGAGCUGAACGCCCUGAAAACGGAGAUGGAUAAACUGACCGCUCAGAUCGAACGGCUGCAGCAAGAACGCCAAGACCUCACGCACAAACACCAGGAGGAGCUAGACUCCCUCUCCUCCAAGCACAAAACCGCUUUGGAGGCCCUGCAGAAGGAGCUGAACAGCAAUCACAGAGCUGAAUUUGACCGGUUGGAGGCUGUCCUUCAGGAGGCCAAUGAGGCUCAGCUGGAGGCUAAGGAGGAGGAGUUAGUGCGGAGACACAGGAAGGAGAAGGAUGAGCUGGAGGCCAGGAUGCUGGGCAACAUGGACACCCUGGAGAACACCUACCUGCAGGAGAUCCAGACGGUGAGGGAGGAGAAGGAGGCGGAGCUUAGACAGCUCAGGGCGGAGCUAGAGGAGCAGCACAAGGCAGAGCUGAAGCAGAUUGGAGCAGAGCAGCUGUCAAUCACAGAGGAGCUGAGGAGGGAGCUGGCCCAGACGCACCUGGACAAGUUCAACGCCAUGGCUGCAGAACUCCAAGAAGUGCACCAGGCUGAGCUGACUGAGGCCCUGUCCCAGGCCCAGGCUGAGCACUGCUCUGCUCUGGAGGCCCUACAGCAGCAGGUGCUGGAGCUGGAGGAUCAGCACAGCGCCGCCCUAGUGGAGGUGCGAGACAUGACGACCAGCGACCGCCAGCAGCUGCAGCAGCAGCUGGAUGCCGUGCGAACGCACCACCAGCAGCAGAUGCAGGAGUUGAAGGGAGCUUCAUGGCGUGAGCAGGAGGCCUUGCGUCGGGAGCUGGAAGAGGAAGCGUCUCGCCAGCGGCAACACUUCCUGGAAGAGGUGGAGCUUAUGAAGGCCCAAUCAGAUGAGCUCAUGCAGCAGAGGGUCGCCCAGAUGAAGGAGGAGAGUGAGCGGGAGCGACGGGCUGCCGUGGAGGCGCAGGAGGAGGAGAGGAGGCGCGCGGUGCAGGAGCUGAGCAGGGCCCAGGAGGAGGCGCUGGAGGAGCAGCGGGGCAGGCUGCAGCAGGAGAAACAGCAGCUGGAGGAGACGCACAAGGAGAAGAUGGACACGCUCAGCACACAGCUGCAGCAGCUGGACACAGAGGUGGCUCAGUUGCGUGCUGAGGUGAGCAGCCUGCAGGGGGAGCUGGUGAGUAAGAGCAGUGAGAUGGCCAGCCUUGAGGGCAUCCUGCAGCGCCACCAGAGGGAGAGCCAGGAGGGGGACAACCUCGUCACCCUGCUACGCCAGGACCUCGACGACGCCAAGCAACAGAGGCAAGUGGUGAGCGAUGUUAACGAGCGUCUGCAGCACGUGCUGCUGGAGAUGCUGAAGAGCUCCAUGGCCACAGAGGAGGCCAUCAGCAGGAGGAUGGCCAACCACCACGCCAGGCUGCAGACAGGAGCAGCACACAUGGACAGCGGCCUGGAACACACCUCCCUACGCACCGACAAAUGCAGUGGAGACGCACAAGCCUGUGAUGCGGCGUUGACCAGCGAGUGCGGUCCCGACAGCAGCCUGUGGUCCAUGAGCGAUGAGGAGCUGAGCCAGCGUCUGUGUGAGAGCCUCUUCGUGGGGGCUGAGCUGCUUCACGGGGGGGAGGGCGACCCCGAGGCCCCCCAGGAGGAAAUGCUGCUGCUGGGGGCCAGCGGACGCCUGCGCACCGCCGUCGACAAGCUGCUGGACCUGCUGGACCACCAGCCCUCCAAACAGAUGGAGCGCUGUAUCCAGACCACUCCUGAGGAUGCAGCUCAGCUGCUGCAUCACCACAAGCAGCUGAUGGAGCAACUGGACCAGGAGUCCUCUCACAAGAACCACCUACAGCUGGAGCUGCACAAGGCAGAGGGCCUCCUGGAGGGCUACGUGUGUGAGAAGGCCUCUUUAGAGGAGCGUCUCCAGGUGAAGGAGGCGCGAGAGGAGCGUCUGGUCAAGCAGCUGGAGGAGGCCAAGGAGGCGCUGCAGCAGCUGAGCGAGGAGCACGCGCUAGUACUCAGGCAGAGGGAGGCCCUCUCCUCAGGACUGGGAGACGCAGAGAAGGGCUGUGUUGGAAGGCCAGAAGGAGACCCAGGUCUGCUGGAGGAGACCGCUCGCCUGGCCCAGGAGCGUCUGGACGUGCAGCGGCAGGCGGAUAAGGACCGCAGCGGGCUGGCCGCUCGCUUACGCCACCUGGAGGCCACUCUGGAGGAGCAGGAGGGGCGUGAGGCCGAGCUAGAGAGCCAACACAGAGCACAGACGGAGGACCUCCAGCAGCACAUACGUGCCCUGGAGAAGCAGCUCAAACAUCACCGCACCUUUAUAGACGAGCAAGCAGUGGAGCGUGAGCAUGAGCGAGAUGAGUUCCAGCAAGAGAUCAAGAAUCUGGAGGCCCAGCUCAGACUGCCCUCUAAACACUCCACAACUGACGUCAAGGGACAGAGGAUAGAGGAGCUGCUAGCUCAGGUGGAGUCUCUGCAGGCGCUGGUGCGUGACCGCCUGGAGGACGUGAGCGUGCUGCAGCUGGCCAGAGACCAGGCGCUGAGCGACGUGGCCGAGCGCAACGAGGAGAUCGACAAGCUGACCGGCCGCAUCCGCGAGCUCGAACACGCCCUGCUCUCCACCACCGAGGCCACGCACACACUCGCACAGCUGGAGCAAGAGCUGCAGCGCACACGCAAGAACCAACAAGACCUCACACAGGAUAAGGAGGCUCUUCAGCAGCAGCAGUAUGCCCAUAAGCUCCAGAUCUCUGCUCUGCAGUCCAAACUGGACGAGACCAAGCACCGUCUGCCGGACAGCGCGGCUGAACACCUCCUACGCCAGGAGCUGGACACCGCCCUACAGGACCUCGACAACAAACACCAACAGGUGGAGGAGUUGUUGGUGCGUGUGGACUCUCUCCAGUUGGAGCUGGACCGGCGUCAGGAGGAGGUGCAGGAGCUCAGCCUUCAGCUGGAGCUGGCCACCAGGGGGCACCACAAACGAGAACAGCAGCUGCAGGACGCACUCACUGAACUACAGGACAUGGUGAGCGACCUCCGUCGCCGUGAGGAGGAGCAGGAGGAGGAGCAGGAGCGAGCUUUGGGUCUCCCAGGGGCCCUCCUGCAGGAGAAGAACCAGGAGAUAGACCACCUCACGCAGCAGCUCAUGCACCUGCAGACGCAGAUAGAACACAGCACCGACAACCGGGUGUCUGAGGAGAGCGGUGCCCUGGUGGAGGAGCUCCAGGCCCAGGUGGAGCGUCUGCGUGGGGAGCAGGAGAGGGUACGAGAGGCCCAGGAGCUGGAGGUGGAACAGCUGCACGAGGUCAUCACCAGACUACAGGCCGAACUCUCCCAGCUCACACCACGCACACACGAGCUGAGCGACGCCCAGGGAGAGAGCGAGGCCGAGGGGAGCAUUGGAGGGGGAGGAGGCGGUACAGGUGGAGGGAAUGGGGUAGGCACGGCAGCCACCAGCCCUGAGUCGUCGGACUACUCCUGGAACGCCGGCCCUCGUGGCCGCUCCCACGCCCUCGCCCACUCAGGACUGGGCCAGGAGGAGAGCCUGGGCCACGAGCUGGCCAACCACAGCCUGCGCACCUCCCGCCAGCGCCUCCGCAAGGUGCGGCAGCAGCUAGAGGAGGCCGCCGCAGAGAAGGAGGCUCUUCAGAGACUACUCCUCACCCAGGAGGAGGAGUACGGAGAACAGGUGAGGGCGCUGGGGGCCAGCCUGAAGGAGGAGCGUGAGCGGCUGGUUCAGCAGCAGCAGGAGGCGCAGCAGCUCCAGAGCAGUCUGGAGGAGAAGGAGGCCCAGGUGGAGACACUGCAGGCCCAGAUCAGGGAGCUGGAGGAUGGGGAGAAGCAGCGACAGGCCUCCCUGGCCGAGAUGGAGGAGAGGCUGAAGGAGGCGGAGCAGAGGAGAGACCAGGCCCUGAGGGAGCUGGAGGAGGUGGGAGGAGCACGAGCCCAGCAACAGCAGAGCCUUGCCCAGGAGGAGAGCACUGUAGCUGGGGAGAAGGAGCGGCUGCAGGCCCUGGUCCUGGAGCUCCAGAGGAGAGAGGAGGAGGACAGCAGGAGCACCCAGGAGCUGAAGGCCAAAGUCUCCCAGCUGGAGGAGGAGGUCUCGGCGGCCAGGUCAAAGGUCAUCACCCUGGAGACGGGCAAGAAGGAGCUGCACGCAGAGCGGCAGGCGCUGAGGAAGCGAGAGGGCCGGCUGCAGGAGGAAAUAGAGGCACUCCGACAGGAAGUGGAGUCGAAGGGCUCUGUCAUCGAGGAGCUGAGCGAUCAGCUGGACGAGAGGGUCAGCUUCCACGAGGAGACCCAGAAGGAGGCACUGACAUGUGCCGAGGAGACGCUGGCUAAGGCCGAUGUGGCCCUCCGAGAGCGCGAGCAUCAGCUGAGCCUGCUGAAGGCGGAGCAUCAGAGCCUCAGGGCGGAACUAGCAGCUGUGAAGGAGGGGCUUAGCACCAGCACUGAACAAGCCCUGAAGCUGCAGGAGGAAGGACAGACUAAAGACCGUGCGUUAGCAGACCUGGAAGUGUAUAACGGCCGCUUGAAGGCAGAGCUGCGUAGCCUGCAGGAGGACCUGGCCGUGCAGGAGGAGGAACUGGCCUACCAGCAAAGGGAGCUGGAGAACCUUCGCCAACGCUGCAGCCCGCCCUCAGACCCCCCAGCUCCCCAGCCUCAGCUGGUCUCCUCCACCACCUCCCCGAUCCGCGUGUGCGUCUCCAACUCCACCACCUCCCCUAUCCGUCACCUCCACCACCCUCACCACCACCCCCACCUCCCCAACAUCACCUCCUCCACGUCGCGGCCCACCUUCGCCUCCUCCCUGGAGGCCACCUCCUCCUCCCUCUGCUCCCCGGAGCUCCUGCGCCGGCCGGACGUCAGCAUGGAGGAGCGGGGAGCGCUGCACCUGCACGCCAUCUCGCACCUGUCGGAGCUGAGCGGGCUGCAGGCCGGCAGACUGGACCUGCUGAGUGGAGGAGGUGGAGGAAGAGUAGGGAGAGGAGGAGGAGGAGGAGGAGAUGAUGUGGACUCCUCAUCCCACUCCAUGCACCUGGCUCCGGAGCCGGAUAUGCUGCCCCUCCAGCCCCAUCGUUAUCAUCAGCAGCGUCAGCAGCAGCAUGGUACUAGCAGCAGCAGCCUCCACUCUCCCUCAUCACUCUGUGCCUCUGAUAACCUCAGCAUGCUGGAUUCACUGGACGCAGACAAGCUGGACCUGACCUCCUCCAUGCGCUCCACAUCUCCUGGGUCGGCUCCAGAGUGGAUCAGUGACGGAUACGGCAGCAAUGUGAGUUCUGACCUGGGAGCACGUCUGAAGUUGGAGCUGGAGCAGACGGAGCGUCUGGAUGCCCAGUUUGUAGAGUACCUGCGCUGCAGAGGCAUCAACCCCACCGACCAGCUGCACAACACUGACGGACAGCACACACACGAGAUGCUGUCCCCAGAACUACAGACCUUGCUGAAGCGUGUGUACCAGGAGAGCUGUCGUGUCCUGUCCCUCUCGCGACGCCCCGCCCCCUCGGGCCAAACGGGCUCUGAUUCGCCACCUCCUCCGUCAUGGCAACUGGAGAGGCGGGCCCUUCAGGAGACUGUGCUGUCGCUCCGAGAGCUGCUUUGCAGGAUGGCGGACCGUGAGCCCAAGGUGAGUGGUGGUGAUGUUGAUUGGCGUCAGGAGCUGCUGCAGGCAGUGAGGAGUGUGUUUGAUGGAGAGAGGAUUUGGCUGCACACUGAGCUGCAGGCCCUCCUCACACAGACACACACACACGCGCCGCACGACCACACAUCCCUCCUCACACACAUGGAGAACCUGCUCAGCAAACAGGAGGAGCAGCAUAAGCGUUCUCUGGAGCAGCUGCUGGGAGCUGACCGACGCCACCUGCAGGAAGAAGUGCAGCAACUCCAGACACAGCUGCACACCAGCAGCACACACAACCAGGAGCAGCUGCAACAGCUACAGAAGACACUCGCCACACAGGUAGAUCAGCUGGAGGCUCGAGUGAAGCAGGAGCAGACGCAGAGUGAGGAGCUGCGCAGACGCCUUCAGCAGGAGCAGUCCCAGGGCCAGCAGCUGCGCACUCAACUGCAGCAGUCCGAGUCUCAAUCUGUCUGCCAGGACCUCCGCAGCCAACUGCAGCAGUCUCAGUCUGCGUGUCAAGACCUGCACAGUCGACUGCAACAGUCCGAGUCCCUGUGUGGAGAUCUGCGAAGUCGACUGCAACAGUCCGAGUCCCUUUUUGGAGACCUACGCGGUCAACUCCAGCAAUCGCAGUCCAUAUGUAGUGACCUGCGCGGUCAAGUUCAGAAGCACACGGCGUCCGGGGAGCUGCGUAUCAAACUGCAGGACGAACAGCGAGCGUGUGCGGACUUGCGCGGCCAGCUGGCGCAGGAGCAGGGAGUGUGUGAGGACCUGCGCGGUCGGCUGCAGGACGAGCAGACGCAGGCGGAGCAGCACCGCAGGCGACUGCAGCACGAACAGGAAGUGACCUCGCAGCUGAGGGCCGACCUGGAGGAGACCAGCCUGCAGCUGCACAGCGCCACCAAGAGGCAGGAGGAGCUCACCACCGAGAUCAAGGCACUCAGGCGUAAGCUGGAGCGUGAGGAGCAGGAGCGUGUGCAGUGUGAGCAGGCUGUGGAGAGGGAGCAGGCCAGAGCACAGCAGCUGCAGCAGCAACUACAGCAAGAGUCGGUGUCCCAGUCCCAGUCCCAGUCCCUGCGCUCCUCUCUAGAGGAGCAGUGUUCUCGCGUGGCCCUCCUCUCCUCCUCUCUGGAGCAGGAGCGCACCGCCGCCUCUAACCUCCGCGGGGAGCUGCGCAUCGAGCGGUCGCGCUGCGAGGCCCUGCUCUCCCAGGAGCGCCAGAGGAGCAGCGAGGAGAACACACGCCUUCAACGGGAGAGGGAGGAGGAGGGCCGGCGCCUCCGGGCCGAGAGGGAGGAGCUGAACUCGGCUCUGCAGGAGGAGAGCAGGAGAGGCCAGGCUCUGCAGAGCCAGCUGGAGGCCUUGCAGAGGGAGGUGCAGGACAGGAGAGAGGAGGUGAAGACCCUGAGGAGCACCCUGGCCUCCCUGAGGGAGAGAGAGGAGCAGUGGGGGGAGCAUGGCGGCCUCCAGAGGCAGCUCCAGGAGGAGCGCAGGAGGUGCCAGAGUCUGCAGGAGGAGGCCCAGGAGCAGAGGGAGGAGGUGAAGACCUUAAGGAGCACCCUGGCGGCCCUGAGGGAGCGAGAGGAGCAGUGGGAGCAGCAGAGGGGCCGCGAGAGGCAGGAGCAGGCCGACCAGGAGCGCAGACACGACCGGAACAACCAGAAACUGCUGGAGUUGGAGAUGUUGCGUCAGCGUGAUCAGCAGCGGCUGGCGGAGCUGCAGCAGACUCUAGCGGACCUGGAGGAGCAGGAGAAACAGCUGACCGCCCAGCACCUCUCACACGCACACACACAGCCCUGGAACACACACUCCUCCUCCUCCUCGCCCACCAACAAGCAUGCUUCACACACCUCCGCCUCUCAGGCCAGCACUCACCCAUCUCAGACUCAGACGGACUCCGGCCGACACGGAGCGGAGCAGCAACCCAGCCAGUCUGCCAACGACAGCAAGAACUCCUCUUCGUCCUCGUCCUCCUCCUCUGCGCUGGUUGAGCGCCUCCUGAAGGAGAAUUCUGAGCUGUCAGAGCGUCUCUCGCAACUCAGCCAGGAGCGCGUCUCCCUCACACACACCCUCAGCCUCCUGGAGAGAGAGCUCAGCACCUACAAACGCAACCAGCAGGUGAGGUCGUCAGAUGAGGCCGCGUGGCAAAAGGAGCGCGCCUCACUGCAGAUGUCCGUCCGCUCAGCCCAGAACCAGCUGGCCAAACUCACCGCCGAGAUAGAGAACCGACCACUACCCGAACCCUCACACAGCAAGCUCCAGCGGCUGUAUGAGAAGUAUCUGCGUGCUGAGAGUUUCCGUAAGUCUCUAGCGUACCAGAAGAGGUACCUGCUGCUGGUACUGGGAGGCUUCCAGGAGUGUGAACAGGUGACUCUGGCGGUGAUCGCACGCAUGGGAGCUCACCCCUCCCACACAGACCUCCAGGCUGCCGCCCACCUCCGCCGUCAACCAAUCAACCGCUUCCGCACUGGAGUCCGUGUCAUCAUCGCCAUCACCAGGUUGAAGUUCCUGACGCGCAAGUGGCAGAGAGCCACCAAGAGAAUACGCAGCAGCAGUUCCACCACACUCAAUACAUACGCCGCAACCAGCACUACAGUAUCCACAGGGAGGUCUGAAGUUCUGAGGCCUCAGCACCCGACCUCCGCCUACAACUCCCCUCCUACGAAGGAGCCAACCAGACGCAAGAGUGCAAGCUCCUCACUCAGCCAGCCAAUCAAAUCGCAGCUCAUUAGCCAGAGCAGGGUCCUGUCGAGUCCCGUGCUGGUUCAAGCGGAGCGCUCCAUGACUGCGUCCCAAGAUGCUGAGCGCUCGCUUACAGAGUACAUCCAACACCUGGAAACCAUCCAGCAACGCCUCGGGGCCGUACGCCCAGUGAGCCCGCAGGGCUUGGGCGAGAGUUUGCGCCACGGGCACGGCAGCCUGGCACACAUGAUGGGGCAGCGGCAGCACUGGCUGAGCGGGCAGCGCAGCUGGAACUACCUCAGCUACCUGGCGCCCGCUUACACGCUCGCGCCCGGCUCCCCACCGCUGCUGUCUUAUCAAAGGAAAUCCGACCGCUGAAGGAAUGUCCCAUUUUAACUGCACUUGUGCCAGCGUGCCGUGUGUCUCUCGUCCUACUUUUGUACUUUUAUCAGCGCCAUUUGUCUGUUAAUACGCUCAAGUACUCCUUUUGAUUUGCCUAAAUUAUUUUUGUAUUAAUGCACAUUUCAUUUUCAUUUUUUCUCAGAAUUGUGAUUUUUGUAAUUCUUCAUGAUUAAUUAAUACACUGGUGUCAUCCGAAUGUGCUUGAAAUAGUGCUAUUUUUUAAAAGUAUUUUUUAUAUGCAUUUCUAUUGUAUGUUCUGUACAGUUGUUUUGUGUAUUAUACUAUCUUUAUAAUUGUUCUGUUACAUGUGCACAUAUAAUACGAUACACUCUCACGAACGUUGCACUGGAAUACAUCAUCCAAAAAGGGAGACGUUUUUGAACAAGUUUUGAAAGGUUUUGUUUUGUCUUUUUUGUAUCAUCUAUAAACGUUUUUUACAAAGACCACCAAUAAAUAUUUUAUUCCAAAUGCAA